AUGAGCAACCCCGCCGAGGGCGAUGAUCUUACUGAGGAGCUACUGGGGGGCCUGAUGUCUCGCGAGGACACACAACUUCCCCCUGACGACGACCCGACUGCAGACCGAUUGGAACAGCAGCUUGCAGGCUUCAUUGCCUACGGCGGCAGCGCAGGUGAUUGGCAUGCCAUGAACUCAGGUUUCAUUCUUGCAAGGCAUUCCCGUCAGGCGAUGCCGUGGGAAAGAGUGACGAGGCCCCGCUUGGGGCCCGGCUUCAUGUUCCAGGAGCCGUUGCUAGGUCGUUUCGACGGUCUUAGGAGGGCGGCGAUCCCCGCCCCUGCAGCAGGGCCGUGGGCAUGGGUGCCCAAAGGAACUUACGAGGCCAGGCGACUUCUCGCAGCCAGGUUUGCCAAAAGCGAUGACAUGCUUAGGCUUACCGCACUAAAGAAAAUUCGGCUCAUCGUGCUUUUCUUCCCGGAUGAUUCGGAGCUUGGAAGGAACCUCGUGGGUUCUGCAGGCUCCCUGGUGGAGGAAUCCAUGCUGACCUCGACCAUCGAGGACACUUUUUCAGGCAGAGCCGCCAGCACCCUUCUGAAGCGUGCCUCAGAUUUCUCAAGGUUUGCCAAGUGGAUCGUAGCUAACAAAGGGCGCCCGCUGGCGCCGUCCGAAGGCGAGUUGUAUGCUUACAUGCUUCACUUGCGACGGGAGAAAGCCGGAGCCACAGCCGGUGAGUCUUUUCUCAAGGCCUACAAGUUCUUUGUGCACUUGACCGGGGCAGAGACAGGCUCCAGGAUUUCCCCUCGUGUGCAGGGAGCAGCCAAGGCGAUGUCCCUGGCCAAACGGCCGCUCUGGCAAGCACCUCCCCUUCCGGUGGAGGCAGUGCGGCUCCUGGAAGAAUUGGUUCACGAGUCCGAGGAUUAUGCCUGGGCCAGCAUAGCAGGGUUCAUUCUUUUCUGCCUCUACUCCUCGGCUCGAUGGUCGGAUGCGGCUCGAGGGACUCACUUGAGCAUUGACGUGGCAGGUAACGGGCUUGUCCUUCUUGAGUGUUCGACAAAACAUUACAAGACGAAGGCCAAGGACCGAAAGGAUACCGUGCUGCCUUUGAUUGCACUGGGCAGUGGCUUAACUCAGCCCUCGUGGGGACGUGUCUGGAUGCGCAAGAGGGCCCUGGCAGGGCUACCUGACUGUGCCGUAAUCAUGCCGGCCAUGUCGCCGGGAGGGAACUUUCUAGGAAGGGCCAUGACGGCUGCGGAGGGUUCCUUGUGGCUUCGUGAGUUUUUGCACUUGCAGGGUUUCGCGGGGGAUCUUGAACAGUACAGCUCGCACAGCCUGAAAGCAACCGCCUUGUCCUGGACGGCCAAGAGCGGGACCAUGACCUACGAGGAGCGCCUUACCCAGGGGCAUCAUUGCAGUCCAAAGCACGGCAUGGCUCUCCUGUACUCGAGAGAUGCGCUUGCAGAAAUCAUAGUGAAGGUAGCCAAGGUCGUGAGUGCUGUGAGCAGGGGAGUGCUUAGUCCCGACCUCCCGCGAGCCGACAGGGUCGCAAGAGCUCUGCAUGGCGAUCCAGCAGAUUUUGCACAUCUUCCUGAGACGACGGCUGAGGAUUUGCCGGCCGAAGAGCCUCAAGAUGAGAACAACUCCGAGGCUGGGUCUGACAUAACAAACCUAGACGGUCUCGAAGUGGACCUGGGGGCACCGGCCCCGGAGGAGGUCCGUCCUCGGCUAAGCUGCACGUUCUCGGGAGAGACCUACAUGCACGUCUUGAGUGGAGUGGUGCAUAAGAGAAUGUCUGCCAGCAGUGCGCAGCUUGAAGAAAAGAGGAUGUGCUCAGUUGAUCGUUUGCUGAUUUGCGACGUCGUGCCUAUGCCAUUUGAGAUGAAGGUGCUCGGGCCGAUUGAGAUCAGUUGGAGUGUUUCUUGCUUCGGAGCACAAAACCGGACUGAGAAGUGUCCGCAGUCUUUUGGCUGGGAGUUGCCAAACUGGGGCGAGUCUCCCGCGCGGCCUGGUGAGCACCCAGGUCUCAUGGCCGGACUUGAAUCGGUGCCCGCCUUCACCGACCGAGCAAAGCAGAUCGGCAUCAGCGAGGAUCUUCUGAACAAGCUCCUUGCUAAGAGCUUGGACACCUUCGGCAAGCUAGCUUUCGUGUGCUCGAGCAAACCUUCCAGCGGGGAUGACACUCCUCUCUUCGAAGCCCUGAAGACUCUGAUUGGGAGUGAGGUUCCAGUGGAACAACAUAUGGUGAUCAGGCGAUUGUGGUACGAGAGCCACGCCCACGCCCUGGUUGACUUGGAAUCGAGGGCUUCGAGAACAAGUGAUACGAGCCCCCGCGAGCUUCCGUUGGCAGAACGCCUAACACGCUUGAAACGCCAAAGGGGCGAGCUUAAAGGCCUCGAGAUGGAUAUCCACACAGAACCUGGACACGGCCUUGUGGACCGCGUCCAGGCCAUGCUCGAUUCUGCACAAGUGCUGCACAUCGCGCCGGAAAAGUGCAUUUCCCGCCAUGACGAGAUCCUGGGUGAGAAGACGGAGCAAAAGCUCUCUUUGGGAGCCGACGGGAACAUCAAGAUCACGAAGCAAGCCUCGAGUCUCCGGUGCGAGACUACCGGCGAGCUCAAGCUUCGCCGGUGCUUCCUGCGCCGGGCCUUAGCGUUCGAUCAAGUAGGGCUCGCCUCCUUCACUGCAAUGGAGUCUUGGCACAACCGCAUGUUCCAGGCUCUGCUUGAUGUGCCUCCGGCGGGUUAUCGCUACACUACCGUUCAGCAGCUGCUCGCAGCUGACCAGAAGCUUUGGCAGGUGGUGGCCCAGGAGAGCCGAGGUGACAUCGUCGUCGGAGUCGGAGCCCCGGCUCCUCUUGAUAAGCACAUAGCCGCUGCUGCAACCAAUCAGUUUGUGGUAUCCUGCCUGACACACCUUCCUAAGCCUGCCGAGAACCAGGCCCAACCGUGGAAGCCGAAUAAGGGACCCGACAAGGGCAAUCAGAAGGGAGAGAAGGGUACCAAGGGCAAAGGCCGCGGCAAAGGGAAGCAGAAUCACAGCCAAGGCCAGGCUGAUGCAUCCUCGCAACCGUCCCUGAAGGAGCUGCUGGAGUCGUUACCCGAGGGCUGCGUGCGGGCCAACGAUGAUGGCCGUUUCAUCUGCCCAUUUUACAACAAGGGGAUCUGUCGCUUCCAGAAACGCAAGUCGUGCCGCUUCGGAAAGCAUGUGUGCAACUUCAGGGGGUGCGGGGCCGAAAGGCCCUACAGUGAGUGCAAGCAUUGA